AUGCCUUGCGGGAACCUCUCCCAACUCUGCCCUACGUGCCUGGACCUCGCGUCCAAAUGCAGCACCAAGCUCUCCGGCGAAUACAUCCCCUUGAACUCGCUCCGCCAACCCGAGGGCACCAAGCCCCUCGCCCUGGAAUUCGAUACCGCGACGGCAUUCGACACGUACAAGGGCGGCAAACUCAUCGGCGAGAACCUCCGCGACCUCAUGGAGCCCUAUCUGACGACACAGGGCGCCGCCUCCGUGCGCCGCUUCCACAUGUGGAUCAGACACUACACCGAGGGUGAGAAGACGGCCCUUCGAGGGCAACUCGCCCCCGGCACCGACGCGGUCCCUGUGGUCAAGGUAAGUGUCCUCAUCGAGCUCCCCAUGCUAACUGCAUGCAAGGACGCGAGGAACCUCGCGGACGUCGUGAAGCGAAUGGCCGCGACGAUGACGGGGCAGUCGCCCGGCGCGCCUGCGGGCGUGCGGUUCACCGCGCGGGAGCCGCAGCCAUUUGACGAGGAGGAGGACCAUAGUUCGCUGUACCGCCUCAGGUGGUUUCAUGAGUUGGUGCGCAGCCAGCCCUGCGCGCCGUACAUUAAUUUCGCGCCGCUGCCAUUGAGUCACUAA